AUGGAUUGCAAAAUAUAUGGAUUUAAUAGCUAUUUUCUAUCCACCUUACCAUCAUUCAUUUUCUAUAAAUCUCAGGCUGCUUCGGAUUGGCUCUAUGUCUAUCCUAGAGGAAUCUACGAUCUUCUUGUCUACACAAAAACCAAGUACGGUGAUCCAGUAAUUUACAUCACCGAGAAUGGAAUCAAUGAGCACAAUAAUGCCUCAAUACCUCUUAAGGAAGCUCUUGUGGACACCCACAGAAUUGAUUAUCAUUAUAGGCACCUUGCGUAUGUUCACAAGGCUAUUGGGGAGGGCGUGAGAGUUAAAGGAUACUUUGCUUGGUCAUUCUCGGACACCUUUGAAUGGUUUUCUGGUUAUACGAUUCGGUUUGGCAUCCACUUUAUCGACUUUGAGAACGGAUUGAAAAGACACCCUAAACUUUCAGCACAAUGGUUCAAGAAUUUCCUCAAGAAAUAGAAAUGAAGAUUUUCGCAUUACGAACUGCCUAUCAAUAAAUUGAGCAUGUAUCUCUUCACUAUGAGUAUUGUACUUUUUAAAUAAUGUAAUUUUCUUUCUGUAUUGGCUGAAACGCUUGCAGAAUGAUAAAUUGCUUUGCGGAUGGUCUCCGCCUUUUAUUA